CUCUACACCAAGUUUUGGUGGGUAGUGGUGCCAAUCUGUUUUGAAUAGACAAUGACUGCUCGAGUUGUCUUCUCAGGCCAUGCCACAGGACAGAUUACACCCUCCAAAGCAAUGGUAGGGGCUCUUCGUUUCUUGCCUAUGAAAACAUGUCCGCUUAAGAUUAAUAACACGAAGAGUGUAGGGCAGCAUAUAUACAUGAAAGCAAGGAUAUGGAACAAACCCAUCAGAGAACGUAGGUUGAAGGUAGUCAUGUUAUCAGCGAGCAGUGGUGAUAUUGGGCCUAAUCUACUUUCUUCAUCUGACUCAAUUAAGCAAUUCUAUACCUCUAUCAAUGAGAAGAAUUUGAACAAACUCCGCGAGUUCAUCUCUGAUAAUUGUUAUUUUGACGAUUGCUCAUUCAUCAAACCAUUCCAGGGGAAAAAGGAGGUUAUGGAGUUCUUUGGGCAACUAAUCACGAGCAUGGGUCAAAAUGUCAAGUUCAAGAUAGGACACAUGUGCGAGGGAGAUGAUUUUACAAUUGGAGUAACUUGGCAUCUAGAAUGGAACAAAAAACAGAUCCCCUUCACCAAAGGCUGCAGUUUUUAUGAAUGUUCAAUGGAAAACGGAACCAAACUAGUCAUCAAGAGAGCUCAAGUUCUAAUCGAGUCGCCAAUGAAACCAGGAGGCUCAGUAUUGAUUUUAUUGAAGAUUGUGACUUCACUAUUCGAUGCAUUUCCAACCGCUACAGAGUGGUUCCUAAAGAGUCCACAGGGUGUGCUACAAGUAAUAUUAAGGAUUUACAACAUGGUUUUGGGACCCUUUAUAAGCCCCUUUCUAGCUUGGUACCUUAACCUCUGGAAAUUCAUGGCUAUCUUUCUCAGCUACACACUCCAGACAUUGCUCUUCAUUUCGAAGAUUUUCUUCAAGUAGAAGACAUUUUGAGCAUGUUUCAUUGACAAAACAUUGUAGAUGAGAACAUAGUCGUAAAAAGGGUGUUCUAUGAAGCAAGUUCAAGAAUGGUGAUCUCACGUAAUAAUGUUCCAUAUGAUUUCAUAUCUAUAUUUAUUAGAAGAAAUUAAAAGAAGUACAGUUGUAAAUUGUUGGGGAAAAAAGCUAUAAAUUUGGCAAUUGCUUUUUCAGUAUUUUUCUUUUUAUUAUUA